AUGGAAAGUCCUGGAUGCUUGAGGAGGCAGGCUGUGCUUUAUUCCGUACCUCUUCUUCUGGUGGCAAGCCAUUUCCCAGGCCCAUAUCUGUUCGUUCUAUCCAUUCCUUCCUCCUUGUUUGCAUUUCUUAUCCCCGGAACGAAGAGAAGAAUGUACAUAUCAAAUCUGCUGUUUAUUCUUUCUCUAUUGUUUCCAGGAUUGUACUUCCUGUGUUAUGGAUUCACAAUAGCUGCAAUAUAUGUAUCUGUAAGCAAUCUUUGUAUGGGCCGAUUCCGCAAAGAAAACCUUGUAAUAGCAGGGAUGAUGGAAUCCAUGGGGAUGCUCCUGUCGCUAUAUUCCUUAAGAAACAAUGUAGUGUCGAUAUGCCUUGCGGCCCUCUACUUCCUUUUCAUACAUCGUCUGAUGUCUCCUCCGAUAGAAAGCGACAAUUAUGGACAGGCAUAUAAGAAGAUAGCUUGGCUUCUGAGGGAGGCCUCAUUUACCGAUAGAGCCAAUGAGUACAGAGAGGUUGUGGGGUGUAGAAGCAUAGUGGUUCCCGAGUUCAAGAUAGAUCUUUGGACGCCACUGCUCAUGGGAAGGCUGUCAUGCCUUGCCAAAGCAGUCAUAUGCUGCUCAUCACUGAUUCCAAUAGGAAAAUCAUAUUGGAUGAGCUUUGUGGUGUACUCGCUAUCGUUUCUCCCUGUGGAGUGGGCUUGCAUGUGCCUUUCGUUCUUCUGCGACUUUGGUUCGGGGCAUCCAUUCUACAGGCUGGUUAGUGCACAAGCCCUGUAUCUCAUGACCAGGUGA